CAGCAGCAGUCAGUCAGUGACAUAAACGUUCAAGAUCAGGACACUGCUAGUGCUAGAGUGUGGGAUUUCAGUCAAAUCUUUCUUUGCACGUGGAACUGACCAAAAGCAUUUCUACUCAGUAUGUCUGAUGCUAUAAAGAAUGUGGCAAUAUUCGGCAGCACGGGGAUGACGGGGUUAGCGACCUUACCUAUCGCAGUGGCCGCAGGUUACAGCGUGACUGUGCUGGUGAGAGAUGCUGCAAGGCUUCCUCCAGACCACAAGGCCUCCAGAGUCGUGGUGGGAGACGUUCUGAACAAAGAGGAUGUGAAGAAGACCCUGGAGGGUCAAGAUGCGGUGAUUAUCAUUCUGGGGACAAGAAAUGAUCUCAGUCCCACGACGAUGAUGUCUGAGGGAACCCGGAACAUUCUGGAGGUCAUGAAAGCCCGUGGAAUCCAUAAAGUUAUUGCGUGCAUGUCAGCGUUCCUCCUGUGGGAUCGUGCCAAAGUUCCUCCUCGUCUGGUGCCGGUCACUGAAGAUCAUGACCGAAUGUACACUGUCCUGAAGGAGUCAGGAUUGGACUAUGUAGCUGUCAUGCCUCCGCAUAUUGCUGGUGACAAACCUCUGACAGAAAAAUACACCGCGACUGAGAACAUGUUGAAAGGAAGAGUCAUCUCCAAAUAUGACCUGGGCCAUUUCUUCGUCAAGUGCCUUUCCACUUCUGAAUGGGAUGGAAAGACGGUUGGAGUUUGUGGAGAAUAUAGUUAAUCUACUCAGGGGCACUUAGUAAUUAUUGAUUUAUUGUUCACCAGCCAAAAUGACUUCACUUUUGCAGCAUCCUUUUUUUUUUUUUAUACUUAUGCCAUUACAG